UCAGAAAAUGAGAAGGGUAUUGUGGAUGUCAAAUUGCAAAUCGACGAGCUUAUCAAGUGUAAACGCAAGGAAUCGUUCAAAUCGUUAACGCCAUCAGAUGAAUUAGAACUGAUUAUUGAAUUCUGCAAAAAUCAACUUUGUCAGUACGAACAGGAGAGUGAAGGUGACGAAAACAGGAAUGGGUAUAUAUUAGUGAAAGGUCAUAAGUUUGUGCUACAGUCGGUGAGCGGUCGCAAUCCGUAUUGUGAAGUUUUUUGUGGAUUUCGAACUCAUGAAAAAUGUAUCCCAUCAAUUAUACGACAGUGUCCGAGCGUAAAAGCUAAUAACCCUAAGUUCAGGAUUCGAACAGAAAUCUGUGAAGAACGUGGUUUGGAUGAGCAGAAUUAUAAAUGUGCUGAAUGUGGACAUGCCAUUCACUUUGGUGCUUCAGCGACAGAGGAAGAGCCUCGAUUAUGUGAUUACAAUGGUCGUUAUUACUGCCGCAAGUGUCAUUGGAACGACGAGUGGGUAAUACCGGCACGCAUUGUUCAUAACUGGGAUUGUGAGAAGUAUUUGGUGUGUCGUGCAUCGAAGCAGUUACUGUCCUUUAUAGACCGUAAACCACUGCUGAAUAUAUCGCAGUUGAAUCCAUCUCUAAUGAAGUUUGUAACGCAAUUAAAUAGGUUGCAUACGAUGCGGAAGAAUAUUCUGUUCAUGAAGUGCUAUUUUAUGUGUUGCAAGGAGGCACGCAAAUUACGCAUAUUGCAAUACUUGAAUCGACGACAGCACUUCGUGGACAGUGCGGAAUGGUAUAGCAUAGCGGAUUUACGGGAUUUGUGUGAGAAUAAUUUAUUGUCGGAGAUAGAGCAGAUAAUGAGGAUAUUCGAUGAACAUAUCACUUCGGACUGCUUGAUAUGUCGGGGCAAUGGGUUCUUUUGUGAACUGUGCACCGAUAAGAAGAAGGAGAUAUUCCCAUUCUCUGAGGGCGUAUCGAUAUGUCAUGAUUGUUGCGCAGUCUUUCAUAAGAUUUGUUUCGAUAAAGUCAGUCAUCGAUGCCCGAGCAGCCUAGCAAUAAUGUCAGUGGAGAGUAUACCGCGGGAUUUACGUAAUCUGCGAGCGUGUUUGUUAUGUUCGAUGAUAAAAACAUUGGAACAGUUCGAGGAGGACGGCUGUGAUAAUUGUGAGCGGGUGUUGGGUAUGAAGGGCGACGAGGAGAAGGUUGGGGAGUGCACCAGUUCGAAUUUCGACGGUAUGAUCGCAGUGAUCUCACCUGAAGAUUCAUGGGUGUGCAAAUGGCAGAAAAUUAGUCGAAAGGCGAAAGGAAUGUACGCGAUAUCGGUAUCAGGGUCACUACCACGACAUAUAAUAGAGGAAUUAAAACAGCAGCACAUCGUUUAUAAGCCAAAUAUGCGUGAUAUGACUAUCAGUAAUUGA